AUGAAGCGCUUUAUUUCUCGGCGGGGGAGUUCUGGAGACAGCUCUACUGGCGGCCUCGACCCAUACAUGGACUCUUUCGUGCUUUCCGAUACGGAGUACGCGCGGAAGCGUCAAGUGAUAUUCAACCUAAUUAGAGACUUGAAAGCCAUGGGGGCGAACAUGGAAGAUAUCAAGAUUCCCCGAAUAGUAGUGAUCGUAGGGCAGCCAGCGGGGAAAAGCUCGUUGAUCGAGGCUAUCACGCAGAUCAAUGUACCCCGCGACGGUGGUACCUGCCCGAGAUGUCCGAUGGAAUGCAACGUCUCUACUAACAGCGCAAAAUGGAGUUGCAGAAUUUACCUGGAUAGGCGUGGCGUCCGUGCACCCUUCAGUCCAGAGUUAACCUCAAAGGACAGUGUAGAAAUCUGGCUUCGACGUGCACAAGCUGCAAUUCUUAGUCGGAGUGUGCUUCCGGAAGAUUUCAAGGAGAUGAGCAAGAAACAACUCGAAGCGCUCACCUUGGGCAAUCAAAUUGACAAGUUCUCGUCAGAUAGUGUGGUGGUGGACAUUGAGGCAACGGGCGGCACGGAUUUGUCCUUUAACGAGGAUGAGAAUAUGAUCGAGUUAGUGAGGUCUCUCGUGGAGAAGAAUAUUCAAGAGAGCUUUGUAAGCAUACUCAUGACCGUCCCCGCAAAUGAUGAGAUGGAGAACCAGCAAGCAGCUAGUCUGGCACGCAAAGCUGAUCCCAAUGGAGAUCGUACCGUGGGCAUUGUGACAAAGCCGGAUGCAAUAUCGGAUGGGUCUGUCAACUCUCAACAGUCAUGGCUGAAGAUCAUUCAAGGAAAAGACGACAAGCACAUGCUCAAACUCGGAUAUUACGUCGUGCGAUUACCCCAAGAUACAGAGCGAGCAAAAAGGCUUUCGCCACAAGAACUCAACCGUCUGGCUAUAGACUGUUUCUCGACCAAGGAGCCUUGGAAAGAAUUGUACCAGUCUGAUGUGUUUCAACAUCAUCUAGGGAUCCCUAAUCUUGUCGAGCAUCUCAGCAGGGUUCUAAUGAAUAUUAUACAUAAUUCUCUGCCCGACCUCCAAGCACAAAUUCGCGACAAACUGGCACAGUGCGAUCGCGACCUUCAGGACCUACCGGAAAUGCUUGUCGGAGACCCAACUGCCGAAGCAGUAGCCAGAAUUGCCGACUUCUGUACAGACCUUCGCGCUUCCAUUUAUGGGUAUAACGAAGACAAGGACUUCAUCCACGCAACCCAAGACAUAUACGAGCGCUUUGUUUUCGCGAUCGCCUGUACUACACCGAACUUUAGGCCUGAAAUGAGCCCCUAUGUUUCCCGUUUCGUCUCGGGAGCUGAUGACCUCGAGCAGCUCGGAUACCAUCUUCGAUCUGCAGACUUUAAGCUGGCGCCUGUGUCUUCAGCUGAUGUCCGCACGAUCAUGAAAAAGGCUACAGGAUGGGAACUCCCGCAUAAUACGCCAUAUGACGCCAAAGUAUGUCUCAUCGAAAAGUCGAUAGAACUGUGGCAUGCUCCGUCCCAGGCGUGCUUCGACGAGGUCACUGAUGCGCUGCGACACUGGGUCGAUGAGAAGAUUUCAGAGCAUUUCGGACAAUUUCGGGCCUUCGAGGGGCACAUGAGCCGAAUAAUGCGCAAUGAGAUAGACUGCCAUGUCCUGAAUGCACAGAAGGCUCUCACGAGCGUGCUGGAGUGCGAGGAAGCUCCCUAUACGACUGUGAACACUCGAUAUUAUAACGCUAUCCGAUCAAAAUGGCUUCAGAGUUAUGCUCCCCAGUAUGGUACUUAUAACACUCCGAGUUAUCCGUACGAGCCAGAAACGCUCGUGAUGGCAGAUGUCCGAGCAUAUUUCCAACGGAUUAUUGACUACGUACUCAUGAUUAUUCAGCGACAUCUGAACCAGGAGCUUGUCGACGACCUGUCGAAGCGCCUUCUGGCCAAGCUGGAGCUGAGUGCCAAAGAUGCAUCCAGCCAUUUGGCAGCACUUAUGGUGGAAGAUCCUGUAAUUAGCGCCAAACGAGCCAAGUUGGAAAGUCGGAAAAACCGACUGCAAGAUAUGCAGACGAAGUUGAAUGGAUUCACGAUGAGAUGGUAA